GGAGCACGCGGGGUAGCUGUCUGCUGGCUGUACACUUGUCUCUACCUUCUCUUUCAGGAUAGUGCUGGGAGUGAUUUUGAUUUAGCUGCUAAUUCGACAAUACUGAUACAAUUUUGCGUGAGUCGCAUGCUCCUCAUAGAUAAAUCAACCUUAACACUGCAGGCCACUCAGAUGACGCAAAGUUUUUGACUGCAACCGUUUGAUCCAUGCUGUAAUUCUCAUGGUUGUAAGGUUGGGCAUAUCAUAACUGCAGAAUGACGAAUAGGUGGUGGGGAGGUUGGAUUAAACAAAACAUCGCAACGGCCAAAGCUAAGUCUGCGAAAGCUGUGGAGCUUUUGACCCGUGAUCUGGCUGAAUUUACUCAGGUUAUCCAACAGGAUACUGUGACUACAAUUUCAGCAACAGCCUUAGCAUUCAAAGAGAAACUUAAUGUUGAGGAGCACACAGAAGGUGGUCAGGUAUUUAGCAAGGGGCUUUCAAACUUGCUUGGAGUGAUCUCUGAUGCGUUUGCACCUACAGUGGAAGAAUCUGUCACUUCUGAUAUACAAGCAGUAAAUGACUAUCAGAUGAGAAUUAGUGAGCCAUAUGAUAGUCUGAAGGCCCGACUCUGUAACCUUCAGGUUGAUCCUGCAACAUACUCCACGAAACCAGAUGAACAGUAUAACUCCUGGUUGUUGAGCUUCACCUUGGAGGAUGAGAAGUGUACUAUAUCUGACCUCUUGGACAAUAAUCCACCCAUAAGAGAUCUUUAUGCAAAACUGGUUCCCUCUGAAAUCACUCAUUCAGACUUCUGGUCUCGCUAUUUCUAUAGAGUCCAUCAGCUACACCAGGAAGAAGCUCGGAGAACAGCUUUAAAACAAAGAGCAGAACAAAGUACAUAUUCUGUGGACCUUGAAUGGGAAGAUGACGAAGAUGAGUGGAAUGAUACAAGCCUUUCUGCUGCUGCUUUUAAACCAAAAGACCUAAAUAUAGUAACUAAUGACAGGUAUGAACUACCAGGAAACAAAAUGGAAGAAACUGGCUCGAGAGUUACUGCGUCAAUUCUUUCUGACAACGCAUCUGAUGAAAUCCAACCACUUGCUUUGCUUUCCAUUGGGGACACUCAAGUAAUCCAAUUGAAGCACCCAGCGGGAGAAACUAUCCAAAUGUUGGAAUCUGGUUUGGAAACAGAGAAGAAGCUUGAAAAUAAAAUGGUUUUAAAAGAAGAUUUGUGUGAUAAACUAUUUAGAGAUGAGGGCAUAAGUACCGGGGGUGAGGAUUCUCCAGGUUUUGAAGAGUCCCUGAUGUCCACUCUCGAGAGAAAUCACGAUCGUCUCAAUUUACAAUCUGAAAUUGCUAAAAAUACAUUCAUCAAUUUAAAUUCAAAUGUUGAAGAAUCUGCUUUUUGGGGUAUCAAAGGAAACACUGAUUAUUUUGAAAACUGGGAUGAAGACCUUGAUCUGGACAUGACUGAAGAAGAAAUCCAGUUGACUUUAUCUCGAGCUGAAGCCUCAGGAGAGCUUGAUCCUGAAGACUGGGAUGAGUGGGUAUGUGAACAGAAGUAAACACUUUACACAACCAAACUAUUACCUGCAGAGCAUAAAUAACUGGAAACCGUGUCAGAAGCUGUUGCCAUUAUUUUUGAGUGUUGCAUCAAAAGUGACAUCAAACAGUCUAUGGACAGCACGACAACUUUUUAAUUUCAAUUGGAAUAUGUUCAGACAAUCGUUUUUAUGUUAAUGUGCAGCUUUAUGAAUGGAUUGAAGAUCUGUAUUUGACCAGAUGCCAAAUUUCAACAGUAAAUGCUAAGAAUGAGCAAACUUCUGGCAGCCUUAAUACUGUCUGGGAAUACUGUCAAACUGUGCAAGUUGAUCUGUUACAAAGAAGGUGUUGGUAAUCUCCCUGUAUAGAAGAUUACACAAUGAAUUAGCUAACCUGCCUAAAGUAUACAAUAGCUCCUCAGAAUGAUUGCUGCCAUUUGGAAGUUAAGAUGUCAUUGCUAUUUGAGCAACCGGCUAGAAUGUAAACUGUAACACUCUCUUCUCGAUCUGACUGCUAAUGUUCCUCAGCAUCAUGACUGAAACACAGUCCAGGAAACAAAAGCGUCCUGGGCAAGAUCUCACUGUGCGCAAGUUGAUACAUCUCUCUGAUGAGUAUUAUGAAGGUGGUGUGACUUUUCCUAGUGCUAGUAAAAAAUGAGGUCUGCAGAUGCUGGAGAUCACAGCUGCAAAUGUGUUGCUGGUCAAAGCACAGCAGGUUAGGCAGCAUCUCAGGAAUAGAGAAUUCGACGUUUCGAGCAUAAGCCCUUCAUCAGGAAUAAGAGCCUAGUGCUACCAAUUAAAUCUAUCUUUCCUUACAACCUCCCAGUGCUUUUAUUAACACAUCCUGAAAUUGAUGCUGCUUGCUUUCCAGAUUGGCAUCCAGUCAACCUCGGUCCUGAUGCAUUUUUUUUUUCCCAAACUCCAAUUGAUCUGCAUCCUCACAUCCAGGAAUUUUAGAGCCAUAAACUUGGACUUCCUAAUUUCAGUGUCACCGAGAUUUACUGCUAUUGCACGAAUCUUGUAUCCAACUGCACUUCUUAUUCAGAAAAUUUAUUUUGCAAUGAAUUUUUAGUUUUAUUUCAGCAUUAAACACGACUUUAUCCUCCAGAUCAUUUCAUCUUAAACUGAGACCUGCUGAGUUUGUAAGUAGGCCUUCACUUGCUCAGUGCCUUAGUAGCCAUUUGAAGACAAUUACAACGAUUUUAAUAACUCAUGAAACAAAGAAAGUGGUAGAAUGUUCACUUUCAGUCUUUUGAGAAGAAAGAACCUCAUAACUUGCCAAUACUAAUUUCACCGGAACAGUCUUGGAGAUGUGAGAGAAAGUCAAGAAUGGGGAAUUAGGGUUGCAAACUGACUUGUUCCAUAGCAUAUACUGUCCAUCAAUAAACUGAACUAUAUACUAUAAAUUUCACCAAUUGUUCUCAAAAGGCAAACAUUUCCUUCUGCAUUCACUGUUGGUAUUUGGGUUGGUGAUAUUUGUAAUGGUUUCAAAAGCUUUACUUUGCCACCUCCUCCUGGUCUUUAUUUAACUAAGAUUUGUUCCAACUUCCAGUCACAUUCUCCUACAUAACAGUUUGUAAAACCAUAGAUUCAAUUUUCAGUCAGGUCUCCAGUGAUAUUAAAACAACAAUGUUUAUGUAACACCUGCUCCUGUCAGUGCUCAGUGUGCCUGAUGCUGAAAAAUUGUGCACUUUUCUGUUGGUGAUAUUCUGUUUCAGUGCUGAAUGUUGUCCACUCAAGCCCAGCAGAGUGAAGUGCAGUGUUUAAACUGUUUCUAUCUUUACUGCAGCAUAAUGAAUCUUUUAACCUCAAGCCUUUUUUGCCUUGGUCUAGUCAAGUUUGCUGUCAAUUUGUAGGUAACGUUGUACAUUAGAACUGUCAAGUUUAACGUUGUUCAAUACCCAACUGGCAGUGCAAAAUUCUCUGGCCAGCUUACUCUUAAACUGCCUAUAAAUUGCUGCAAAUUGUUAAUAAAUUGGAUAGAAUUCAAUCAGAUGUUGGUCUGAUUACAGAGUGAGCAACAAUUUUAGGUGAUUCCUUUCACUGUUAAUAAGAGUUCCCACACAGUCUACACAUUGCUUCGAUUAACUUUUUUGUUUAUAUAUAAUAAACUAUACUAUUGGAUGUGAAAGUGAAAGAAGUAAUUCUUAGUUUAU